AUGAGACUUACAUAUUCUUCGUACCUUCUUUGGGUGCCGGUGACCCUCGCAGCGAAGCAGUUAGGGGGUGAUUUUGACUUCAACUAUCCUCGUAACCCAGAUCAGACUCGCUAUGAAGCUCUGGGACCCCAACUCACCGCUGCUCCGCCGCCCGACAAGGAGUACGAGUACAUUGUCGUCGGAUCCGGCCCGGGUGGCUCUCCUGUCGCCGCCCGCUUGGCGAUGGCUGGACACAGCGUGCUGUUGAUUGAUGCGGGCGGUGAUCAUGGAGAACUGCGAGAAGUCCAGGUUCCCGCCAUGAGCAUCUGGUCUUCGGAGCGAACUGAGCUCAGCUGGGGCUACUACACACACCACUACGAGGAUGAGCAGAUGACCAAGCGGGACAGAAAGCUCACAUAUCGCACCAAGGAGGGCGACCUCUACAGUGGCACCAACCCACCCGAGGGAGCCAAGGUCCUAGGCAACUACUACCCUCGUGUCGGUGGUCUUGGUGGCUGUGCUGAGCACAAUGCUAUGCUCGCCAUCUACCCGCAUAAGCGCGACUGGAACUAUAUCAAAGAGCUGACUGGUGACGAGAGCUGGGAUGCCGAAAACAUGAGAAAGUACUUCACCAAGAUCGAGAAGAACCAGGCGCCUUUUCCCAGCGACCUGCUCGCUCACGGCUACAGCGGAUGGUUGAAGACCGCAUUGACGCCGUUAAUCCUGAUUGCCCAAGACCUCAAGCUUCUUUCCGUCAUCUUGGGAGGCUCGGCCGCUGCUGGUAUCAAGGUGGAUGGCCUACUCACCAAGGUCAACAAGCUUGUGACGGGUCUGCCGGUUCUUGGCGGUUUGCUCGACAAAGUUCUCCCUCUCGACUAUCUUACUGGCUUGGUUGACGGCCUGACCACCCUGCUUUUACACGACAUCAACAACAACUCUCCCGACCGGGACAGCACCCCCAUGCUGACGCAGAUCCCCCUCUCCAUGGGCGCGCCGGAAUACAAAAGAUCUUCGCCCCGUGAUCUUGUGUACUCCGUCGCCACAGCCAAGAACCCUGACGGUUCGAAGAAGUACAAGCUCGACAUCGCCCUCAACACGCUCGUGACCAAAGUCCAGUUCAACACUUCUGGCGAAAAGCCUCAGGCCACGGGUGUGGAAUACCUUUUUGGCGAGAGCCUCUAUAGAGCGGACCCUCGCGCCAGCGAAUCCCAGGACGGUGGUGUUGCUGGGUCGGUCUCAGCUACUCGUGAGGUCAUAAUUUCUGCUGGUACUUUCAACACGCCUCAGAUUCUCAAACUGUCUGGUGUCGGGCCGAAGGACGAGCUGGAGAAGUUUGACAUUCCUGUUGUGAAGGAUAUUCCCGGAGUCGGCACCAACCUCCAAGACCGAUACGAACUUGGUGUCACAGCAAGGACCGAGGAAGGCUUUUCGCUCGUUGGGGACUGCACUUUUCUCGCCGAGGGAGACCCAUGCUAUGAGCGAUGGGUCACAGGCGUGGGCCCGCUCAAGGGCGCCUACACAACCGGAGGCAUCGCGCUGGGCAUGUUCAUGCUGUCGUCGCAGGCCGAGGGGGAGCACGACGUGUGGGUGGGCGGGAUCCCGGCCAACUUCCAAGGCUACUAUCCCGGAUACUCGCAAAACGUGUUGACGGCAACGUCCAAGAACCACUGGACGUGGCUGGUCCUCAAGGCGCACACGCGCAACAACGCCGGGACUGUCAACCUCACGAGCACCAACCCCCGCGACACGCCAAAGAUCACCUUCCACAACUUUUACGAGGGCGCGUCCCAGGCCGACGCCGACAAGGACAUCCAGGCCAUGAUCGAGGGCAUGCGAUUCGGUAUGAAGGCCAUCGAAGAUAUCCCGCCCAUCGCCGGCGAGUUCGAGCGCGUCUGGCCGCCCGCGGAGAUCAGCUCGGACGAGGACUUGAAGCAGUGGAUCCAGGAAGAGUCGUGGGGCCACCACGCGUCCUCGUCAUGCCCCAUCGGCUCCGACGACGACCCAAUGGCGGUCUUGGACAGCUCUUUCCGCGUCCGCGGUGUUGACGGCCUGCGCGUCGUGGACAUGUCGGCUUUCCCGAAGAUCAUGGGCGUGUUCCCCGUCGUCUCGCUCUACAUGGCGGCGGAGAAGGCGGCCGAUGCGAUCCUAGAGGACACAGGCAAAUAA